AUGUCUGACCAGAACGAUCCUGCUUCUGGUAGCGAGCUCGGCGAACACCUUCACACUUUUGUAAUCGGCGACCUACAGGAAGCUGGCUGCGUGAUUUCUACGACGGUCCAGAUUCUAUAUGUAGCGCAAGCUCCAGCUAUUCAGCUCGCGCACACUUUUUCAACCCUCCAAGAGUGCUUCUCAACGCGGGACAGAGCUCGCCUUCAGACAUCACAUCACAGCCAAUCGUCAUCAAAGAACACACCUGGAGACAUUAUGUGUAAAUCAGCGACCUGCAGCGAAUGCCACGGAAAGACCUGGUGGGGCUGUGGCAAUCAUGUACCCAUGGUGAUGGACAAGGUCGAAGAGUCCGACCGAUGCAAGUGCGAGCCAAAGGUCGAGAAGGACGGCAAGAAAUAUCCGCCUAUGGGUAAGACUGCCGACUGA